AUGUAUGCAGCCACAUAUCUCAGCCUGAAUCUGUUCCGGCGGUAUCUUCCGGACUGGAUCACCACCGGAGUUAUGUUUGCCUACUUUUUCUUGGUGGCUGAACACGCCAUGCCCUUCAACCGCCAGUUCAAAUUGGAGGAUGCAACUCUCCAGCACCCAUUUACGGUGGCUGAGCGAGUGCCUGGAGUCACGUGCCUUGUGCUUGCCACCGUGGUGCCGGCCCUUGUCAUCGCCGUGGUGACUUUCUCCAAGCACGCGAAAACGAAAAGCCACGCAUGGCAUGUGUUCCAAAUCUCACUUUUGGGGCUUGCGCUCACGGUGUCUGUGGACGGCGUGGUUACCGAUAUCUUGAAGUGCUGGGUGGGCCGGCCGCGGCCCGAUUUCUUGGCCCGCUGCGGGCCUAUGGAGGGUACGCCUGUGGAUCAGUUUGUGGACAUUUCGGUGUGCACGGCUCCUUUGGGGAUGUCGGUGCUUGCCGACGGGAUGCGUUCGACGCCGUCUGGCCACUCGUCGAUCUCUUUCAGUGCGUUUCUCUACUUGGCCAUGUGGAUCUACGGCCAGUUCCAGCUCACUCGCCGCCCGCGUGAUAUUCACCUCCACUUGCUCGCAGCUUUGCCGCUUUUGCUUGCGUCAUACGUGGCGUUGUCCCGUGUGCAAGACUACCGCCACCAUUUUGUGGAUAUAUUCCUGGGUGGUAUUCUCGGGUGCACCAUAGCGUACACUAUGUACCACAAGUACUUCCACCCCGUAUCUUCCCUGCUGUCCCACGAGGUGUUGGGAGCGGAGGAUGACAAGCUUUUGCCGCUUUAA